AUGGCAGUCGAGACGGUUGCGACGAAGCCCUUUGAGGGCCAGAAGCCCGGUACUUCGGGUCUGCGCAAGCGCGUGAAAGUCUUUGAGCAAGCGCAUUACACCGAGAACUUUGUGCAGUGCAUUCUCGACGCGAUCCCGGGCGGUGCCCAAGGCGCGACGCUGGUCGUCGGUGGUGAUGGCCGCUACUUUUCCGUGCCUGCCGUGCAGAAGAUUAUCCGCCUUUCUGCCGGAAAUGGUGUGAAGAAGCUCAUUAUUGGCCAGAACGGCAUUCUCUCGACGCCUGCCGCGUCGCACGUCAUCCGCCUGCGCAAGGCGACCGGCGGCAUUCUGCUGACGGCGAGCCACAACCCCGGUGGCCCCGACGCGGACUUUGGUAUCAAGUACAACAUGGAGAAUGGCGGUCCGGCGCCCGAGGCGGUCACGAACCAGAUCUACAAGCGCACCACCGAGAUCACCGAGUACAAGGAGGUGAAGGGCAACGACGUGGACCUCUCUAAGAUCGGCACGAGCCAGUUUGGCGACCUCGAGGUCGAGGUGAUUGAUUCGGUGAAGGACUACGUCGAGUACCUCGGCCAGAUCUUUGACUUUGACUUGAUUCGCAGUUUUUUGUCGUCGGGCGACUUUAGCGUGCGCUUCGACGGUCUGCACGGUGUGACCGGCCCCUACGCCAAGGCGCUGUUUGUCGAGCAGUUUGGCCUCGGCGACAAGGCGGUGCAGAACUGCGUGCCGCUCCCCGACUUUGGCGGCGGUCACCCCGACCCCAACCUCACCUACGCCAAGACGCUCGUCGAUGCUGUCGAGAGCGAGGGCCUCUCGUUUGGCGCGGCCAGCGAUGGUGACGGCGACCGCAACAUGAUUCUCGGCAAAGGCGCCUUUGUCAACCCCAGCGACAGCGUCGCGAUCAUUGCCGACUGGGCGCAGAAGGCGAUCCCCUACUUUGCCAAGGGCAUCCACGGCCUCGCCCGGUCGAUGCCGACCAGCGGCGCGAUCGACCGCGUGGCGCGUGCACGCAACUAUGAGCUCUUCGAGGUGCCGACGGGCUGGAAGUUCUUUGGCAACCUUAUGGAUGCCGGCCGUCUCUCGAUCUGCGGUGAGGAGUCGUUCGGCACCGGCUCGGACCACAUCCGCGAGAAGGACGGUCUCUGGGCGGUGGUCGCCUGGCUCAGCAUCCUCGCAGCAGCCAACAAGGAGAAGGCGGGCACGAGCGUCGCCGACGUUCUCCAGGGCCACUACGCCAAGUAUGGCCGCAACUUCUUCUCGCGCUACGACUACGAGGAGGUGGACAGCGACGGCGCCAAGAAGGUGAUGGACCUGCUGCGCUCGCGCUUCAGCGAGCCGAGCUUCAAGGGCAGCAAGCUCGGUCCCUUCACGGUCGCCGAUGCUGACGACUUCUCGUACACGGACCCCAUCGACAAGAGCGUCAGCAAAAACCAAGGCCUGUACGUCCUCUUUGACGACGGCUCGCGCAUCAUCUUCCGCCUGAGUGGCACCGGCUCGGCGGGCGCAACGAUCCGCCUUUACGUCGAGAAGUACACGCAUGACACUGCUGAGUACACGGCCGAUGUACAGAAGGCCCUGAAGCCGCUCAUCGACGAGGCACUCAACCUCGCCCAGCUCGAGCAGCUCACCGGCCGCUCGGCCCCGACCGUGAUUACAACGAUGCGUGCGGUGCUCAUCCGCGACAAGGUCGGACCGUCGAGUGCGCUGUACAUUGGUGACGCGCCGACGCCCCAGCUCGCCGACGGCCAGAAUGGUGGCAAAGACGAUGUCAUUGUGAAGGUCAAGGCAUUUGGACUGAACCGCAUGGACUUGCUCCAACGCGAGGGCAAGUACCCCAUUCCGCCGGGCGCGAGCCCGAUUCUCGGCGUCGAGUUUAGCGGGCACGUCGCCGAGGUCGGUGCGGGGGUCUCGUCCGUUGCGCCCGGCGACGAGGUGUUUGGCCUGGCGACGGGCGGCGCGUACGCCGAUUACGUGCGUAUCCCUGCGCCGAUGGUCAUGAAGAAGCCUACCGAGCUCUCGUGGGUCCAGGCGGCGAGCAUGCCCGAGGCGUUCCUCACCGCCUUCCAGGCGCUCCAUGUCCUGGGCUCGCUCCAAAAGGGCGAGGAUCUGCUGGUGCACGCGGGUGCCUCGGGCGUCGGUCUCGCCGCGAUCCAGCUCGCCAAGGCGCACGGUGCGCGCCACGUCUACGUCACCGCCGGCUCCGAAGAAAAGAUUGCCUUUUGCCAGUCCCUCGGAGCGACGGCCGGCUUCAACUACAAGACCGGCAGCUGGAAGGAGGGUCUGAUGCAGGCGACCGACAACCAGGGCGUCGACGUGAUUAUGGACUUUGUGGGUGCGCCGUACUUUGCCGACAACCUUGCAUCGCUGAAGCGCGACGGCCGCCUGACGAUGCAGGGCUUUAUGGGCGGCGCUGUGGCCAAGGACGUGAACCUUGGCACGAUUCUGGCCAAGCGCCUGCGCAUCGAAGGCAGCACGCUGCGUAGCCGCUCGCUGGACUACCAGUCGAAGCUGGUCCAGGACUUUUUCCACAGCGGCGGGCUCCAAGCGAUCACCAAGGGUGUGCAGCGCGACAAGACGGAAGUCGGCUCGCCCCGCCUUGUGGUGUACGACACCUUUGACUGGAACGAGAUUCGCCAGGCGCACGACACGAUGGCUGCCAACAAAAACACGGGCAAGAUUGUCGUGACGAUUUCGUAG